AUGGAGGAAUUUCAAGUAGGCGAGAGCGAUUUCACGUCGUACCAAUCAUAUGGAAAUUUUAAUAUAGAUGAUUAUAAUGAUACAAUCAGCAUUAUUUCACAUGAUGCUUGCGUCAACAGAACUUGCAUUCAACUCUGCUGUCCUUUUGGCGAUCGUCUAACGUCAGAGGGAACGUGCGUCGCUGGGCCGAUUGAGCAGGAUAAUUACACUUUUCCAGACGUUUAUCAGAACAAUUCCGAGACUAAAAAGUUGAACGAACUAUUUCCACUGGCCGUCCACGAUCCGUGUGUUCCGCAAGCAAGUGCACACCACAUUCUUAAUCUCGAUGAGUACUCGUUUCUCGUCAACGGCUAUUUGCAUCAAGAUCCCGGCGAGUAUCCUGGCGAGUUUGUCCCAUCGACGUCUUACUGCCUCGCCGCCCUGGAGCGGAACAUUUAUGAUGCGGCCGUUUGCAUGAUGCCGAUGGGCUUUCGGAUAUACAUGGCCGUGAGCCUCCUGGUAUCCUUGCCGUUCUUAUUAUUGACGUUCGUGGUAUAUUCUUUAUUGCCGGAUGUCCAAAAUGUACACAGCUGCACGUUGCGUGCACACGUAGGCUCGUUGUUCGUCAUGAACCUGCUUAUAUAUUUCGUCCAAGCAUUCCCUGUAUUGUCCGAAUGGAAAUAUUGCAUUCCACUGGCAUACAUUUUUAAUUUCGCGUUGAUGUCGGCUUGUUUUUGGCUAAACGCAACAUGCUUCGACAUUUGGUGGACAUUCACAAAACUCAGUUUGCGCCCUGUACACAAAAAGAAAAAGAAAAAGAGAUUCAUAUUAUACUCUCUCUAUGCGUGGGGAACUACUUUCCUUGUCAGCGCUGCUAGUGCAAUUAUGGAUCAUGCUCCCGGUAUACCGAAGAACUGGACUCGACCGAAAAUGUGCACAAGAAAAUUUUGGUUUGGUGGAGAUCAUGCAAUGACGGUGUAUUUUUACGGACCCACGGGUACAGCUUAUGUUAUUAACGUUUUCUUAUUCGUCGUUACGGCACUAACGAUUCUGUAUCAUAAUAAACAUACUGCCAGUCAGCUGAGAGAUUCGGAGAGCCGGUGCUACGAUAACCACAAGCGCAAGUUUACUAUGUACCUGAAGCUGUUCAUAGUGAUGGGACUAAGUUGGAGUAUGGGUAUAAUAUUGUGGUUGAUCAAUGCCAGCAAUGCCAUAUCGGAGAUGGUUUGGAAUAUCAGCUUUACGAUAGACAUCUUGCAAGGCGUCUUUAUUUUCAUUCUAUACGUGUGCAAAAGGAAAACCUUACGGUUAUUGCUAAAACGAUUCGGUUGGCAGAAUAGCAGUCCGUUUUUAAAUAACAUUUUAUCAUCGAGCAACCUGCAGUCUAGAACGUCCUCAAAUAUGUCCCACCUUUCAUCGCUGUCGGGAUCAGUAAAUAUGCAAAAUACUAAUCUUUCUAUUAAUCUGAAGCCUGAUCAUCACACGACGUUUAAUAAAGCAAAAUAAAGGAACAAUUCUAUUAUGAAUAAAUCAGUAAUUAAUCAGCAUCAUAAUUUAAUUCUCCAGUCAGGGAUUGAGCUUACGUUAUUGUACCUCGCUCUUUCUUUGUAGAGACACUGAUUAUAUAUUCGUGAAAUAUUCUAUAAAAGUAAAGUUUACAUGUAAUUAUUAUACAAUUUUUACGUUAUAUUACGCUAUGCGUAUAAAUUACUGUUGAUGUAUUUUAUAUACAGUAAUAAAAAGAUCUUAAGUAUAA